AUGAAUUUGGCGUGGAAUGAACCAAAAAAAAAAAAAAGGAAAGAAGAAGGCGGAAGAAAUAGAAUUUCUGGUUACGGUUGGAGCGUCAAAACAUUGUCCGGAACAAGAGAAUUUCGUUGUGUUUCAGAGUUCUCUCUCGCGCCCUCCAUUUUGGUUUUUGACUCUUCAUUUGGGAGUCGAUCGAUUUCGUGGGUCGGUCGAUUUUUACUCCUUCGUCCCCCGAUCUCUCAUCUGCUCAAGGUCAGUCUACCGACUCUGAAUCUCAGUUCUUCUCGAUUCGAUUUCAAUCUUGCUGUUCAUAUUUGCUUCGAUUUGAUGUUGGGGAAAGGGAGGUUGCGAGUAAAACGUGCUUAG